AAGGCCAGUUAGACAUGUUCUCUGCUUCUGUGCUGGAGGACUUUCUCUGUUUAGUAAAACAAAUAGAUUUUUGAUUGAUUAUCUGCAACUGCUCUUCUCUUUUCUUCACUUGGAACUUUCUAUUACAUCACCCCUCCCUCCUUUCAGGCGAGCCUGGGUCUCAGUGAGAGAGGAAGGAAAUCCUGUCUGUAUCCCCAGGCUGUGGCGCUCACACGCAGAGGGACGAUGAGAAUAAGCUGGGUUCGAGGGCUGGCGUCUUUGCUGGCCUUGGGCACUGCAAUACUCUACAUCACAUCCAUUAAGCGGGAGGUUCAUUCUCAUGGGGAAAGACUGCAGAGGGCCCAUCAGAAUGACUCGGUCAGGGGUCAGGACAUGCUCAAGAGGCUGGAGAAGAUGGAGGCUCACAUUGAGAAGCUGGUGAAGUCAGUCAACAACGGGAUCAGUCUGAAAGAGGGGCAGGCUGUGAAGGCUACCGAGGUCAAGAAGGAGAGGAAGGUGGUGAAGAAGUUGUACCCCAACUCAGCUCUUUUUACAACCUGGGGUGAUGAGCUCUCAGAGGAGGAGCAGAAAGAGGCAGAGGUGUUGUUUCAGAUGUAUGGAUACAACGCCUUCCUGAGUGACAGACUACCCCUGAACAGGGAAAUCCCUGAUACUCGCGAUCCUAAGUGUGCUAAUCACCAGUACCCCCAUGACCUGCCCACCAUCAGCGUGGUGUUGAUCUACUUGGACGAGGCCCUGUCAAUCAUCAAGAGAGCUGUCCGCAGCAUCAUAGACAAGACCCCCCAACACCUACUCAAAGACAUCAUACUGGUGGAUGACCACAGCUCCAAUGAGGACCUAAAGGAGAAGUUGGAUGCCUACAUCAGCUUGAUCGAUGAAGAGCGUCCGGGCCUGUUGAAGAGAGUGAGACACCUGGAGCAGCUCGGUCUCACACAGGCCCGCCUCUCAGGGUGGAGGGAAGCUGAAGGAGACGUGGUGGCCAUCUUGGAUGCCCACAUUGAAGUUCACGUGGAAUGGGCGGAGCCUCUGUUAGCGCGGAUAAAGGAGGACCGCACGUUGGUGUUGACACCGGUGUUUGACAAAGUCCAUUUCGAUGACUUGACAGUCACGCGUUAUUGGCCGAGUACAAACGCCUUUGACUGGGCCCUGUGGUGUAUGUACGAGUCCUUCAGACCUGAGUGGUAUGCCUUAAAAGACGAGACACAGCCAGGAAAGAGCCCCUCCAUUAUGGGCAUACUAGUGGUUGAUCGCCUGUUCUUUGGGGAAAUUGGUGCUCUGAAUGGUGGUAUGAAGAUCUAUGGAGGUGAAAAUGUUGAACUGGGCAUCCGGGUGUGGCUGUGUGGUGGAAGUGUCGAGGUCAUACCUUGUUCUAAAAUAGCCCACAUCGAAAGGGCCCAUAAACCCUAUCUCCCAGACCUGAGCAUUACAAUGAAGAGGAAUGCUCUGAGAGUGGCUGAGGUCUGGAUGGAUGAAUACAAACAUAAUGUCAACAUCGCCUGGAACCUCCCACUGAAGGAUCAUGGCAUAGACAUUGGGGAUGUUUCAGAGAGGAAGAAGUUGAGAAAGAGUCUGAACUGCAAACCCUUCCAGUGGUAUCUGGACAAUGUGUAUCCAAUGUUAGACCCCCUGGGUGACUUGCUUGGUUAUGGAGCUCUGGUCAAUGACCUGAAGACGGAUCUCUGUAUAGAUCAAGGCCCAGUUCCGGGGAACACACCUAUUUUACAUGGAUGCCAUUAUUUUGCUCCACAGAACUGUUAUUAUCGAGCCAGCGGGGAGAUCUACAUUGGAGGCAUCUAGUCUCACAAGUACAACAGUAAUCGCUGUCUGAUGGACAUUGGCACUCAAACCCCAGGACUGUAUGAUUGCAAGGAGGCCAAGCAGAAGGGAUUCCACAUGCUCUGGGAAUUUCAACAGGGAAAAGCCAUCCAGAACAGACAGACAAAGAGAUGUCUGGAGAUAGCCCCAGGCGAGGACACUUUCUACCAGCUCAUCAUUCAGGAGUGCAGUGGGCAGCACUGGAAAAUACGGAAUGUGAUAAAAGACUUCUGAUACACUGAGAUAGUUAGGCCUACUGUACCAGAGACAAUACAGCAGGACUAUAGGAGUUGUGCCGCGAUCAUAAACAAGUGGGAAAGUGGAAAUCCACUUGAACACCCCUCCAACUGGUAAUUACCUGUGGGAAACUCGUCUAUCAUCCCUGAGAUUCAACAUCUCCUAGAGAUGCUGACCUCUGACGUCACCUACUAAGGAAAUUACCUUUUUAAUGGCAUUAUCAGCAGUUAAAUGCAACAACAAAACAUUAUUUACACUAAGUUUUUGACCACUAUCAUUUUUGUACAAACAUGAUAGCUGUACUUACAGUUUAUGGUUGACGCAGCCUGUUGGCCAUUUGCCAAUCUGAGUUUCUCAACAAGUUGAAAGCACGUGAAUGCAUUCAACUGAUAUUUACGACUUCACAACUGGUAAUUACCACCUUCCCACUUCUUUAUGAACAUAGCAGUAUCAUGAGGCUUUGAAAAGCCAAUCAGUGGUCAGCAGUGAGAUGACUGUGUGAUCUUAGUGAGCUGUUGGUUGGACAUAGCUUCAUGGGGAUAGAUUUACAGUUUUUUCACAGAAUGUGGAAUUCUGUUGAGCUGUGUUCUCCUUGGUCCUGAAUGUAAUUGCAAAUAAAUAAUCAUAUGGGGAAGUGUCACAGGCCAGUUGAAUCGGAUGGGUUGAAGUGAAUCAACACCUUAUCAAUCAACACUGCCUUUGCUUUCUUGAAAGUAGCGUCACACUCCUUUGUCCAUGACCAGAGUUUGUUCUCUCUCAUUAACUCAUGCAAAGGCUUCAGCUGCUUCGCCAGCUUUUUGAUGAACUUCCGUAGUAGUUCAGGAGGCCCAGGAAAGACCGCAGAUGGCUUACAUUCUCGGGAGCAGGUCCCUCUGCAAUGACUGUCACUUUCGAUGGAGCUGUGUUGAGAAUGUCAGCAUCAAUCACAUGGCCUAAGGACUCCACUGCAUGCUUGCAAAAGUUGCACUUCAGUUUUGCAAACACGUAAGCCUUACUCUUCGAGUCGAUUAAGAGGUUUUUACAUUUUACAAAUUUAACAGACGCUUCUAUCCAGAGCGACAUAGUGAUUGCUCAUGCACGCAGUAGCAAGAGACUGCCACACAGCUCCCCAGGACUGCUGUGCAGAAAUAUCAGCCCACAGAGAGAAGCACAAGAUUGAACUUCACUCUAUUAGAUCGCGACCGAUCGACAAGGUAUUCCUAGUAUAUCGGCAAACAUUUCAGUAAAAAAAACAGAAUAAAGCCUUUUUUCAGUCUCGGCUGUUGGCGGUACAUGCACCCGUUUCAGCCGCCCUGCGCGCCAGGUAGGCGAACGGUUGCCAUUUUGAACCAUUUCAUGUGUCUGAAGGAACAAACUCUGCCUUCCCGCCGGGCCUAGAGAACAAAUCAUGUGCCCUCUAUGCUUACAGAAACAGUCUGCCAGUAACAUAGCAGCCAUAAAAGAAACAUAGCAGCCAUAAAAGAAACAUAGCAGCCAUAAAAGAAACAUAGCAGCCAUAAAAGAAACAUAGCAGCCAUAAAAGAAACAUAGCAGCCAUAAAAGUAACAUAGCAGCCAUAAAAGUAACAUAGCAGCCAUAAAAGAAACAUAGCAGCCAUAAAAGAAACAUAGCAGCCAUAAAAGAAACAUAGCAGCCAUAAAAGAAACAUAGCAGCCAUAAAAGAAACAUAGCAGCCAUAAAAGAAAGCCACACAAAGUUGAUACUGUGAGAUUUCAAAACGUUUAAAACUAUGAGUAGAAAGAGACUGUCAAUGAAUACAGCAAAGAGCUGCUGUUUUAAUGAGUGAGUUCAUGUUCAAGUUCUUACUCAACACUGUCGACACUGUAUUCAACACUUUUAUAAGACAGAAAACGAUAAAAGCACACUGAUGUAGCUAUGCUACGGGUAAAUAAAUUAAACAAGCUCCAGUAAUCUUUUUGAGUGUGACCUGUAUUACUUUAUUGUAUUAUAAUAUAUUAAAUGGACAGGAAUUACACACCUUGUUCAAACCAUGAUAAGGUGCAGCACAUGCGGCCUACAAAGUUACAAGUAUAGGCUAGCUAAUUUGAUUUAAAUGUUUCAUAAUAUUUCCCCUAAUGUUAUUAGCCUACCUCCUCUUUCUCUCUCUAGCGUUGCUCCGUUCCUUCCUCUCUUUCAACAGUUAAAUGAAAUAAGUUGUGUUGUCCUUAUCUUCCUCAUUCCAAUGAUAUGCUUGAAUAAUAUUGGACUAGAACGAGAUAAAGGAGGCUUUCACUUCUCUUCAUGAGGAUUGAAUGGUUAUGUGUCUGAAUAAAUAAUAACUAUAGCUGAACCGC